AUCAGAUAGCGCAGAAAGCUAUAGGAAAUUUCUUUGUCUCCUUAGCAGAUGCUGUACACAGAGGCAAGUGUCAUCUUCCUUAACAUCUCAUCUCUAAACAAGAUCUACUGUAGCCAAGUGUGAGGGACAAAGAGCACUACUCGGCGCUACUGGGAAGCUAGAAUAUAUCUCGUUGACUGACUAUCCAUAUCUAGCUACCAUAAGCUUGAGAUCAAACACAACAUCCGAGGUUUCUCGUCGCGUUGACGAUCUUGCCAAAGAGGAUGAGAACCUUGCAGAUCUGCACUCAGAUGAUUCGGCUUCAUCUAUUGUGUCUUCGUCUUUUCAAGGAACAGAGACAAAUUCAGUACAGGACGGGGUAGCAUCUGAAGAUGCUGCCGAGAACCUGCUCAUCCAAAGCAGUCUGUCAAACAUAGAGAAAGCUAUUGAUCGACUGUACCGACUUUCAUUUAUGAUUUGCCAGAUCUCGAAAUCAUCUUCUGAAGACGAAACCCCAUGGUUAGCUAAGGAAGAGAAUAACUCAGCCUGUCGGAACGAGAUGACGCAUUAUUUCGAGAACCAAAAUCGGGAUACCGUACGACUCACCCUGAGACACCAGGAAAACAUCGGAACCAGCGGGAUAUCUGUGGGGUCUGCCCGGCACAUGGUGGAUUGCUGCUUUCCAGAUGCACCUGAGUUCCUACGUGCCAAACUAUCGGACGACAUCGUAUUUCGUCGCAGGCGUAUCCUAUAUCGGCACGCUGAAACGGAGUCUGACCAAUCUACUACUUUUAUUGCCAAACCUUCCUCGAGUACAGCAGUAGAGUUGCCGUGCCCACCCAAGACUAUCGCUGGUUGUCAGGAGUUUGAGUGUCCAUAUUGCUGCAAGAAGCUGCCCGUCAAGGAAUCAGAGGACUUCCACUGGAGGAGACAUGUUUUAGGGGACCUUGAACCAUACACAUGUCUUUUCCAAGGGUGCCCAGAUGGCGCAGCGCUGUUCAAGGACAACGCUGCUUGGAUGGCUCAUCUCGAAGGUCAUAGAAGCCGCUGGCGAUGCACGUCAAAAGCACAUUCAGCCACAUUGUUCAUAAGUGAAGACGAAUACUUCGAACAUAUGCGGAACCAACAUGCGAAGUCUUUUACUGAUUCGCAACUUCCCUUGUUAGCGAAUCAGAGAAGAGUCACGACAACCAUGAUUUUUCCGCAAUGCCCUCUUUGCUCUUACGUACCAAACGAAGCUGAGAUGAGAGACUCGUCUGAUAUGAGCCGAGCGCAGAAAAACAGAUUAGUCUCCAAGCGUAUCUUGGAACAUUUGGGAGCUCAUCUGGUUUUCCUCGCCCUACAAGCUCUUCCGUUGAAAGAAGAGGUUGAAGACCGUCCAGAGACCUACUCCAAACCAGGCGAAGCAGACAAUUCCGGUGUACAAACCGAGCCCAGCUCUCGACCGCCGUCUUAUAAGUCCGAAGAUAAACGUUACCUCAUCCGUACUUGGAACCACUAUGACCUGCAGAAAGCCACAUUGCGUAAUCCCAUGGACGACUACCCAUAUGUCGAAUACCUACUGGACGCGGAUGAUCCGUUCAACGAAGGAGUUCGUAUUUUCAUGACCUACAAGCAGGAAUUCGUCUCCCCCUCAACCCAAGCUGUCUUGCGAUUCUGUCAUGGUGUUAGCCGACAACAUAUGCUCGCAUCAUGCAAAAGUACAGCAUGGUUGGACGACCGUUCAAGACCGCCAGUCUGCGAUCCCGCUCAGAAUGUGUCACCAUGCGAUACAAAAAUUGUCCUGUACGACUCCGACUACACCAACCCCAGUCUGAUGGGACCAGAAUCAAUCGUCGCACUGGAUUCUGAUGCAGUUGCCGAAAGCAGAAUGGAUGAGUCGGCUGGUGCACCUCACCAACGCAUGUCGGUUACUCAUUUACCUAGAACGUACGGAGAGCCGCUGAAACCAAGAGAACUCUAUCAUCAUUUACGUGAGAAGUGCUUCGACCACGGCGUACUAGAAGAUGCCGACCGUAGACUGAUCUACAUCGCCGACCCUGAUCCUUGCUACAUUCUUGUCUUGACCGUGACUGCACGCAAGUACCAACAAAGAGCAGUAGUAGAGUUGCUGGAGCGCUUCAUUGCCCGAAGAAUAUCAUUGGGUGUUAGCAUUUCAACCAGUGGGUAUCGAGUCUUCCAACUCAACCUUCAUCUUUCAUGCUUCUUACUGAGAGAAACGCCUCCAGAAGACCUGAGUAGACGCGAAGGGGAAGACAAAUACUCGGAAUGGAUGGAUCUAUCUUUUCUAAUCGAAGAUGCUGGAAAAGAGACUAUAAGUAUGCAUUUAGCUCACUUCUCACUCACCAUCUGCGGAACCGACAACUCGCAUUGGACCGCCUUCGCCCUGGAAACCAAGAACUUCAAUUUCGAUCCUGGCGAUCAAGAUUUUCCUUCGGGGCUACGAUACGAUAAAAUCUCGAUGGGUCAGCUUGAUGUGGACCAGCCACUCUGGGAUCCUCGCGCAUACUUUCUGAACAUAUGCCAAAUCAGGGCCAAUCACAUGUUGGAAGAAGCCGAGCAGCUAGUAGUAACCAUUGAGGAAUAUUUCAUGCGUCAAAAGUCUUCCUACACAGUCAAGAGAAACAAGAACGAUGUCUGCAUUUGGAACGAACAUAUGCGGCUCUUGAUGGACCAUUUGGACUGCAAUUUCUCAGAUGCGAUAGGUAGCUGGGGAUGUUUCUUGUCGGAAAGAGGAGACAUAGAAUACUUCCUCGAUACUCACCAGGAUUUUCCUCCUGACACAAGAGCACAUAUCAUCAAGCUAUUGGUGUCGCUUAACCGGACUUUUGGCGACAUGGAACGUCUCUGGAGGGAUUUGCAGAGAAUCAAAGAAGGCUGCCAGAAACUCCAGAAGGAUCUGGACCUUGCUCGAACCCAACAAAGUAGUCAAACUGGGGAGGUUGCGAUAACGAUCAUCUCUCCUAUUGCCAUCGUAUCAAGUCUCUUUGCCAUUCCUCAGUCUGUACUGCCUUACGAGCGGACCUUUCUUUCCUUCAUCACUACGGCUAUGCUUUUUAUGCUGUUUCUACGUGCCCUUCUGAUGGUUAGAGAGCGUUGGCAUUGGCGUUGGCCAGAUAAACCUUUCCGAAGGGCACGAGCGGUAUGCCGUGGUGGUGAGAGGAUUACUCGGCGAAAAAGUACGUAUGAAAAUUUUACGUAGAACGCUGGAAUACAGUCAAUACGGACAAGAUACUCUCAGACCAUCGGGCUGUGAUUAUGGUACUCCUUCUACGAUUAAAGCACAGGGCUUUUAUUAUAAUUCGCACGCAUUCUCUAUCUCCCAAGCAGAUCCGGAUCGCGCACUUAUCCGCUCUAAGAAGCUCUCCAAGCCAGUUCUCUUAUGCACCUUCAACGCGCGACGACGACAGUUUUGCUUCGCGUUUGGAAAAACACCCGGUACUAGUACCAUUUAUCCUUACAUGCCUCUAUAUUGAAUUCUAGAGCCGGUUUAGAUACCAAUAGCGAUAUUGUGGUGACGAGGCAGACUCAGGACCUCGCUAGUGUCUUAACGCUAGGUAGAUAGGGCC